AUGUCGCGCUCGCCGCUGGCGGUGCGCCAAAGCGUCAUGGGCGCUGCACGCUUUGCGCCCAACUCUCUUGUGCUGCCACAGCCGUCGCGCACUCUCACAACCUCGCCGAUCGUACGCGCGCUUCCCUGGGCGCGCAAUGUCAAAACGGUACACAUGUCCGAGCCGCAGGACUUAAAGAACUUGAACCACGUCCGCAUGGACCGCCCCAUCUCUCCUGAACUGAGCAUUUACCAGCCGCAGCUGACGUGGUACAGUUCAAUCUUUAACCGUAUCACGGGCGUCGGGAUGAGUGUCCUCUUGUACGGCUACUGCAUGAGCUAUGCCGUGCUGCCCUUUACGGGCUAUGGCGAGCUUUUGUCCUCGGUAAAUGUGAUCCAGUUUUUCCACGAGCUCCCGGUCUGGGCCAAGCUCCUUGUCAAGGCGCCGCUCGCAGCCACCUUUUCGUUUCACACGUUCAACGGCAUGCGUCACUUGUCGUGGGACAGCGGCUACUUUUUGGACUUGAAAACUUCCUACAUGGCCGGAUACACCGUCAUUGGCGCAUCGAUUUUGGCGACGGUCGGUCUUUGUAUGCUGUAA